AUUUUUCUUGGUACAAUAUUCCUGGGAAGAUCCGACUGAUAUUAAGGAAGGCGUGACCACACACUCUCUUAGCGUGACUGGUCACACCAACUGAGUUCGUGAUGGCUUCCAGUAAUCUUAUAUUUAAAUUUUUGAACCCACCGCUGUCUCGAGUUGCCACCCACUUUUUAUCACAAAUCUACGCUGUCUAACAACCUCAAACGCUCCUGGUUUAAACUACGUUGAUUUCAGUCGAGAAAUCAUGUCCGUCGUCGAGAGAAACUGGCAAACAACAAGACCCACCAUCAGAGAAAGAAACAAGUUUAUGUUCAAUAACGAUCUCUUCAGCGAUGUGAAGUUUCUUGUCAAAAGAGCCGAUGACGAAAGUGAAAGUAAACAAGUGAUUCCAGCUCACAAGUUCGUGCUGUCGAUUAGCAGUCCUGUGUUUGAAGCCAUGUUUUACGGUGAGCUGGCGAAGACUACAGACACUAUUGAAGUGCCUGACUGUGAGUAUGACAGUCUGUUGGAGUUGUUUCGUUACAUGUACAGUGAUGAAGUGAUCUUGAGCGUAAGUAAUGUGAUGGGAGUGUUGUAUUUUGCGAAGAAAUACAUGGUGCCUUCACUGGCUAAUAAAUGCACUGAAUAUCUGCAUAAUAAUUUAGAUCCGUCGAAUGUUUUCAACAUCUUGCCAUCUGCCCUGAAAUAUGAAGAGAAAACCCUGGCGUAUCGAUGCUGGGAAGUGAUCGAUAAACAGACAGAAGAGGCUGUAAAAUCGGAUGGUUUUGGGACAAUUAAGAGGGCCUUACUUGAAGGAGUAGUCGAGCGUGACACUCUGACGAUCAAAGAGAUAGAGCUGUUUAAAGCUGUUGACUUUUGGGCGACGAAGGAAUGUAACAGACAGCGGCUAACGGUAAAUGGUGCAGCAAAAAGAAGAGUUCUUGGAGAAAGCCUAGUCAAGGCAUUACGUUUUCCAACAAUGGAUCAACGAGAUUUCGCGAGUGUGGUUUUGGACAGCAAAAUUUUAACCUUAGACGAAAUCACCUGUAUCAUCAAAGAUCUCAAUUCAGUCCCUAGUUCUCUGGAGAUGUUUCCAAAAACAAAAAGAUGUGGUGUUAUUUCACGAUGUAAUAGAUUUGGCUGGCCUACCUAUGGAUUAGAUUAUUUUAGAGCCUCGAAAGAUGCCAUCAGUUUGUCUGUAGACAAAGAUAUCGUGCUUCACGGAGUGUGCUUAUUUGGCAGACAGAAUACUGCGUAUUCUGUAGACCUUGAAGUUAUAGACUCCAAAAAUAAAUCAGUUUCGGUGUCUCUACAUGGAAAAUUUUACUCAGAGGAAUUACAGGCCAGGCAAUAUACUUAUUAUGGUUUUAAAGUGUCUUUUGGCAAAAUCAUUUUAAAGAAAAACACGAGGUACGACAUAACUGCUAGGAUAUUAGGGUCUUCUUCGCUACGCGGAGAAGGCGGUGUCAGUUCUGUCCAAUGUUCAGGAGUAACAUUCACAUUUAUGAAUAGUGAAUACUCAAGUAAUGGAACGAGCGUUUAUAGCGGUCAAUUUUCCGAAUUGUUGUUUUCUCUUUAAGAACAAUAAACAUUUCGUCCAUUUGUCGCAGACGUCAAGAUAACGAGACGUGGAUAACGAGUUUUCAAUCUUAAAGUGGCUCGUACCAGUUUUCAGGUUUUUGACGGCUCAUAACUUUGUAAGAACAGAAAAAGGCAGACCAGGCCCACUGUAAUAUUUCUGUAGGUUUGGAUUAUAAAAUUUAUACUUGACCUAAAUCAGCUGUUAUUUUGUAGUCAGUAGUUACCAUGGCGACAUUCCAAAAGGAUUUUCCAGACCUGAUUUUUCGCUUAAGUCAUUAAUAACUUAAAAAUUAACCCUGUGACCCCGAGUUUUUUUUUUCAAAACAAUAGCUUUUGGCAUCUGAAAAGGAAAAUGCGCAACAAUUUUAAAAU